GAUUACUACGAGGUCAUCUGGUAAUCCGAUGGCCUUGACUAUCGUCAGCGGCCGGAUUGGGUCGAAAGAGGGCUACCGCAGCUUCGACGCGUUCAAACUACGACAUUGAUGUGGAUCUUCAACAACGCGACGUUCUUCAACGAGUCAGGGUCGCAAAUCUACCAAGACACAGUCGACCUCGAAAGCGAGUAUUUCCGGGUUCGGCGAGAGAUCCUGGACAAGUACAGGAUCCCGUUCGACACAUCGCACUUCGGAUCAGGACCCCGAGGACGGGCGGUAUGUGAGCAGGAUCACCGCCGGUGAACUCGACCUGCAUGUUGGCGACUUUAUCUACAUAAAGAACAACAACACAAUGAAGGUCGCCAUGGUCUCGCACCUGCGCGUC